GCUAGAGACGAGUAGAUCUAUCGAAUAAUCGCCUCUUUCCAUCGCCUCAUUUAAUACAGAAGACGGUACGCGGUACAGAAACGGAUUGAGGAGCUGCAGUAGAAGGUGGAGAAUGGACGAGAGUGUAGCCAAUGUUUUGAGCCACCUCGCAUCGCCUGUCAAUGCAUCAGUGAGGGACCAGGCGGAAAAACUUCUCCAGAUAUGGACGGCUUCUGAUCGAGUAGAAUUUCGGGAAAAUGAAUCCACUUGGGCAGUUUGUGCAAUCUAUAUUGCCACAGUCAACGUCAAAUAUGGGAAAGGAGCACCUGUAUCGAGCGGUCACGAAGCACCAGAAUCUUCCAGUCUCCCGACAGUCUCCCACUUACUGCGUGCUUCAAAUAUCAACAUCAAGACAUUCUUUGAGCAUAUGGGUAAGGUGGAAGAGAUCUUCAGCUUCAGUGAUACAGUCAAGAGCAGUCUAAUGGCUCUCAAACAGAAAUACCUCAUCACGUAUGCCAUCUUCUGCAAAUUUGAAAAGCUUUUCAGCAAGCUGUUCAAGUCACCUGAUGAGAUUCCCUGCUCUACUGAUGGAUCAUGUGAUGUGUCAUGUGACAAGAGGAAAGUCUGCUGGUUGCUCUUUCUGAUAGCCAAAGGUUCUAUGUUGAGUGAAUGUAGUGAGUUGGUGCUUCCGCUACAUCUGAUGUUGAGCUGUGUAGACUACACCUUGAGAAGAGCUCUUCCUUUCACAGUCAGAGAAACAGUCAGUUCUCCACGCUACGAUUCUGGUUCUGAAGAUAAAACAAACGAGAGGGUCCUGAGGGUGGUGUGUGAGGAAGGAGGAGUGGGAGGAGCUGAUGCAGAGGAUGAGGUUACCAUGGUAAAGAGAAGCAUCUUACUACCAUUCAUCAACUCCAUCUCAUCAGAGAAUACUAACCAGGAUGUGGAAGGCUUCCCAAAGAUGGAACAUUUGGAGUCUAGCUACCACCAGAUGUACCAGGCAGCGGGUGACAUUAAUGAGGUCAGCUUUCUGACCCUUGACCCAACCUUGACCCAGCCAGAGGCGGUCAAGCCUGGCGUGCCCCCAUCACCAGACUCUACGGUCAAGAGUCCAGUCUUCCUUACUCCUGUCAGGAGAGCAGUGACCACAGUUCAAGCAUUGAAAUCUCUCUUGACCGGAGCGAGGGACACACCGUCCAAUGUCCUGUGCAGCUACUUUGAGGGGUGCUCCAUCAAUCCUCAGAGCGCUGUCGAGCAGAGAGUGGAGAAACUGAAGGAGCUCUUUGUGGGGCACUACGUGGGUGAGGUAGGGGUUCAAGCCUCAGAGCUGGCUUGCACGCGCUUCAAACUUGGGCUACGCUUCUACUACCGCAUCAUGGAGUCCAUGCUUAUCAAGGAGGAGAAGCGCCUCUCUACCUCUGACUUCUCCACCUUGCUCAACAAUGAUGCCUUCCAUCGCUCUCUUCUUGCCUGUGCACUAGAGGUUGUCAUGGUUACCUUUGGAUACACAGCCUCACCAAUCAACUCUGGCAUGUCAGCUCUAAGCAGCAAACUCCUGUUUCCAUGGAUACUGGAUGUCUUUGACCUUCAUUCAUUCAACUUCAUUAAGGUCAUUGAGAGCUUUGUUAAGAAUGAACCCAGGCUUACUGAGGAAGCUCGCAAGCAUCUCCAAGGCAUAGAGACACAGAUCGUAGAGUGCCUUGCAUGGUCCGUCAACUCCCCUCUCUUUGAUGCUCUCAAGAGGGUACGAGGGAUUGAAGUUAACGGCUCUCACACACAGAGUCCCAGUUCGCAUGGUGUUUCUCAUGCAUCUGCUGCAGAUAUGUUCUUGUCUCCUGUCCGUCCUGGUCACUAUUCCUCCACUCACCGACCAAACGAGGCCACCCCUCCCCGCCGCACCCAUGCCCCUACCUGUGCCUCACGACUGGAGUACCCCUCCCCCAAGUCUUCCAGACUGGGCAUUCAGCAGUGCCCCUCCCCUAGAGUGGGACUGCAGCAGACCUGCCCCUCCCCCAGGCCGAGCUAUGGUGGGGUAGGAGGAGGCCAAGAGAAGCUGGGGUCUGUGACGCUUAAUAUGUUCUUCAACAAGGCGCUCCAGCUGGCUUACCAUCGUCUCCAUACCAUGUGUAACCUCCUCGAUCUCAGCAAGGAUUUGAAUCGGUUAAUGUGGACGUGUGUAGAGCACUGUAUUACCAACAAACCAUGGCUCUUACAAGGCAGACAUCUUGAUCAGGUCAUCAUGUGCUGCAUGUAUGGUAUCUGUAAAGUGCGGGACUGUGAGAGGAAGUUCAAGGAAAUUGUGAACAUGUACAGAGGUCUGCCACAUGCUCUUUCACAGACGUACAAAAAUGUUUACAUGGGUGAAGGGAAGGAGAGUGCUUCCAUCAUCGUAUUCUACAAUCAGAUUUUUAUUCUUCACACCAAAGAAUACAUCCAUAAAUUCCAGCUGAGCAUCUCGCCUACCAACCUGUCUCCUGUACCAUCCCGUUGCCAAGCAACAGCUUCACAAGCCACACCCAUCUAUCAAGUGCCAGGUGCGUCCAAUCUGUACAUCUCACCGAUGAAGGACUCGCCAUUUAAGAGCCCUCAGCCAGUCGGCUCAGUCUCAUCUCCUGGUCAAAUGACACCGAGGACAAGGACUUUGUACAGCUUUGGGGAGUCUUUGAGUUCUGAACGAUUGCGUGAGUUCAACCAGCAGGUCGCAAGACCAGAGAGGUCACCUAGACCGUCAAGUAAGAGGCUCAAGUUGGAGGAGCUGGAUGGGCCGGCAGAGAAUGGUCACAGCUCGUCUCAUCAAGAAGAUCGUGGUGAUCAAACAGAUGGGACCGUCAUACAAAGAGGUCAGGGAGACCAAGUGAUGUCAUCAUUGCAAAGGAGAAUCUCUCAAUUUGCCUCCGACUCCAGAAAGAGACCCCAACCCUCUUCCAGUGACGCGGACCAGACAAAUGGGAACACAGCAGAAUAACAAUCGUCCAUCUCCAUUCUGCUUCUCGCUCGUCCUCUUUCCCAGGCCAGUCAUUCAUUGGAAACAAGACAAAACCAAAGAAUAGAAAAUUAAUAUGCAGGUAUAUGGCAGAGAUUGUGAAAGUAUGAAAAUUCAUUCGACAAUCACUGGUAGUUUUUUUUUGGAACUGUUACAUUGAUUAUUCUGUGAGAUUAUUUCUAGUAAGACCAAAGAAGUAUGAUGACUUGCUCUUACCCCGUUGACUACUGAAUGUUAUAGGUCUCAUAGGCAUAACACAGGGACAAACAUGUUCCCGUCAGCAAAGGGUUAACAAACGGACAGGUGAGAAUGUAUUGUCUGCUGAGAGCCAAAAGGGCAUUAAAAGGAGAUGGUAGUAAGAUUGAAUGUGCCGUAGGUCAUAAUUCACUGACACUAGACUUGGUAGUUAUAUGAUUAAUAGGUGUACAAGUUUUGCCUACAACAAACCCAUAUUCCCAUCAAAAAACAACCCCAGUCUCUUGGAAAGCCUUCGACUGAGGGAUCUUCAGGCGGUUGGUGGGAAAUGCAGGGCAUUACAUGAGGGCUGUUGGUCAUAAAACCGAAGGCUAACCCUGGUGAUUUACAACACCUGUUGUCAGGUAUACACCAAAAUAGUGUCAAAUUCCCCAUCAGAGCCCUCUGCUAUGCGUCUUUAACUAAAUACUUUAAUAGAGAGUUAACACCCUUGUGGCCCUCAUCAGAGGGCUUAAGAUUGUUUACACCUUGAACACCGUCAGUUGGGCUGUAGAAUCUAAACGUUACCAAGGGUAAAGAAGCAGAGAUUUCAUAGUUGUGCCAUUUAGCCUCGUUCACUCCUCAAGCAGUAAACCAUCUCCUAAAAAAGAAAUUGCUGAGGCAAAACCCAGACCAUUUUGCAUAAAAAUAAUUGGCAAGUGAGGUUAUGUAUAUGUAAUCAAAUGUAAGAAAUACAGAAAUGAGAAUGCAUUACACUUGUUUCAUUUUGUUUGCUGAUGUGGUUCCUUUAGCCGGUUUAUAGCUUCAAGUAUGAACGAGGCCUCAUUGCUUUCAUGUUUUAAGUGUGUUAUUUAUACCAUCCAAGUUAAAGAUCUAUUUAUAAGCCACCGUAAGUCUUCCAGCUUUAAUAUAUUGUAUUAUAGUGUUGUUGAUCUUUUGAUAAGAAGUGUUAAAUCCAUGUUAUUUAUGAACAGUUUUAAGAUACCUAUGCAACUUUCAAAGACCCAUUAGUCUUAUUGUAUUUUAUGUCUGCUGAAGUUAUGUCGCAGCGAACAUUGUAAAAGAAAGGGUCUGUAUUUUUAAGUUAAAAUUGAAUUGAGUAUUUCAUUAUUAUGUUAUCAUUCCAUUUUGUUAAGGUGCUAAUGCUCCUUUGCCAUUGCCUAGGUAUUACAAGUCAAC